UAAAAUAAUUUUAUUUACAUAAAUUAAUCGACAAGGGACGAUAAUUCAACGUGACUAAUUGGUUGCAUACUUGCACUCACAAUCAACGAACGUUAACUAAAAACACUAAAUACUAAACACAAGUCUUAGCUGCAAAUCCCUAUAUUAAUCCUAAUUAUUGUCCAUAACCAUAACCCCAUCGAAAAUCAAAAUAAUGUUCAAAUCAAAAUCAAAAUCCAAUUUCAAAUCCGAUUCUCUUCUUCUCCUUCCCUCUAUCAUCAGAGUUUAGAUCUCAUCGGAAUUGUAUAAUUAUUCAUUUUUUUAUUGUUUAUUUUAGUGUGUAUAUAUGGCAUCGACGGAGCAAUUGAUGAUCGGAGGAGGGCCCAAGUACGUCCAAAUGCAAUCGGAGGCGGAGGCGGAGGCGGCGCCGUCGGAUUUUCCGUCGAUGGCUUCGUCCUUCUUUUCGUUUCAUCACCAUAAUUUUCCGGGCGGCGAGUCGCCUCGGAUUUUUUACGAGUUGCCUAAAGCUACUAUUGUUCAAGUUUCGCGGCCCGACGCCGGCGAUAUUAGUCCUAUGCUACUGACUUACACGAUUGAAGUGCAAUACAAACAUUUCAAGUGGGACUUAGUGAAGAAAGCUUCUCAAGUUUUUUAUUUACACUUUGCCCUGAAGAAGCGAAAAUUUAUUGAGGAGAUGCAUGAAAAACAAGAGCAGGUUAAAGAGUGGCUCCAAAAUUUAGGAAUAGGAGAUCAAGCAACCGCUAUGCAAUAUGAUGAAGAGCCAGAUGACGAGACUGUUCCUUUACGCGGUGAUGGAAGUGCUAGAAACAGAGAUGUCCCAUCAAGUGCCGCUCUCCCAAUCAUCCGGCCUGCCCUUGGGAGGCAGCAUUCAAUGUCGGACCGAGCAAAAGGAGCGAUGCAGGGAUAUCUAAAUCACUUUCUGAGCAAUAUUGAUAUUGUGAAUUCCCAAGAGGUUUGCAAGUUUUUGGAAGUUUCCAAGUUAUCUUUUGCACCAGAAUAUGGUCCUAAACUUAAGGAAGAUUACAUUAUGGUGAAGCAUUUACCAAAAAUAUUGGAUAAUGCCGAAGACCGAAGAUGUUGUUCAUGCCAGUGGUUAUGUUGCUGCAGGGACAAUUGGCAAAAGGUUUGGGCUGUACUGAAACCCGGAUUCUUGGCUUUUCUUAAGGACCCUUUUGAUCCGAAGCCUCUAGACAUUGUUGUUUUUGAUGUUCUACCUGCCUCGGACGGUAACGGAGAAGGUAGAGUAUCCUUGGCAAAAGAAGUUCACGAUCACAAUCCCUUACGGCAUUAUUUUAGAGUGACUUGUGGGACUAGGAGCAUAAAGCUUAGAACCAAAAGCAAUGCCAAAGUAAAAGAUUGGGUUGUCGCAAUCAAUGAUGCUGGUCUUCGACCACCUGAAGGUUGGUGUCACCCCCAUCGCUUUGGCUCAUUUGCUCCUCCGCGGGGUCUGAUUGAAGAUGGAAGUCAAGCUCAGUGGUUUGUCGAUGGUAGUGCUGCAUUUGAAGCUAUUGGUUUGGCCAUUGAAGAAGCAAAGUCUGAGAUAUUCAUAUGUGGGUGGUGGUUGUGCCCAGAACUAUAUCUGCGGCGUCCAUUUCAUGCUCAUGCAUCCUCUCGGCUUGAUUCUCUACUGGAAUCUAAAGCCAAGCAAGGUGUUCAGGUAUACAUUCUUCUAUACAAAGAGGUUGCCCUAGCUCUCAAAAUUAAUAGUGUCUACAGCAAGAGAAAGCUUCUAGGCAUUCAUGAGAAUAUCAGAGUACUUCGAUAUCCGGACCAUUUUUCUUCUGGUGUUUAUCUAUGGUCCCACCAUGAGAAAAUUGUUAUUGUGGACCACCAGAUAUGUUUUUUGGGAGGGCUUGAUUUGUGCUUUGGUCGUUAUGACUCUGGUGAACACAAAGUGGGAGAUCAUCCAUCUCAAAUAUGGCCUGGCAAGGAUUAUUACAAUCCAAGGGAAUCGGAACCAAAUUCCUGGGAGGAUACAAUGAAGGAUGAAUUAGAUCGAUUGAAAUAUCCACGCAUGCCUUGGCAUGAUGUCCACUGUGCCCUUUGGGGGCCACCUUGCCGUGACGUAGCCAGACAUUUUGUACAGCGGUGGAACUAUGCAAAGAGAAAUAAAGCUCCAAAUGAACAAGCAAUUCCACUGCUCUUGCCUCAGCACCACAUGGUUAUUCCUCAUUACAUGGGAAAAAACAAAGAGAUAGAGUCUGGUGAAAACAGUGAAUAUGGAAAUCAUAAAGACGUCAGAAGAAAUGACUCCUUUUCCUCUCUAUCAUCAUUUCAAGAUGUCCCAUUGCUUAUCCCUCAAGAGGCUGAUGGGCCAGAUGCUGUAAAGAUAGAACCAAAAUUAAAUGGGUUUAACCCACUGCACGACCUUCAUGGUCAGACAAGCAGGCUUAGCAGGAAUCCGUUCUUUUUCGGAAAAUGCAAGAUUGAACCCUUAAUCCCGGAUAUGCCUAUGAGGGGUUUUGUGGAUGAUCACGACACAUUGGAUCUCCAGAGCGAGAUGUCCCACAUGAAGCAGACUGGGUUAGAAGUUUCAGAGAAGGAAUGGUGGGAAAUACAGGAAAGAGGUGAUCAAGUUGCUUCCGCUGAUGAAAUGGGGCAGGUCGGUCCUCGUGUUUCGUGUUGCUGUCAGAUUAUAAGAAGUGUCAGCCAGUGGUCAGCAGGUACUAGCCAGAAUGAAGAAAGUAUUCACAGUGCUUACUGUUCACUUAUUGACAGAGCAGAGCAUUAUGUCUAUAUUGAGAAUCAAUUCUUCAUCUCUGGUCUAUCAGGAGAUGAAAUUAUUCAAAAUCGUGUUUUAGAAGCAAUUUAUAGGCGUAUUAUGCGAGCUCACAAUGAAAAGAAGUGUUUCAGAGUUAUUAUUGUCAUACCUCUUCUACCGGGCUUCCAGGGUGGUGUGGAUGACUCUGGUGCUGCAUCUGUGAGAGCCAUUAUGCAUUGGCAAUAUCGGACAAUAUGCAGAGGACAUAACUCAAUUCUGCAUAAUCUCUAUAACCUCAUUGGCCCUAAAAUGCAUGAUUAUAUAUCUUUUUAUGGACUGAGAACUUACGGCAGACUUUAUGAUGGCGGUCCUGUUGCUUCUAGUCAGGUAUACGUUCAUAGCAAGAUCAUGAUUAUUGAUGACCGCACUACAUUGAUUGGCUCUGCUAAUAUUAACGACAGAAGUCUACUGGGGUCGAGAGAUUCUGAGAUUGGAGUACUUAUCGAAGACAGAGAAUUUGUUCAUUCAUCGAUAGGGGGUAAAUCUUGGAAAGCUGGAAAAUUUGCAAUGAGUCUUCGCCUUUCCCUUUGGUCUGAACACAUUGGUCUUCAUGCCGGAGAGGUUAAUCAAAUAAGAGACCCAGUGAUUGAUUCAACCUAUAAGGAUAUAUGGAUGGCAACCGCAAAGACAAAUACUACGAUCUACCAAGACGUGUUUUCUUGUAUACCGAACGAUCUGAUUCAUACGAGGGUUUCACUCCGACAAUGCAUGAGCUUCUGGAGAGAGAAAACGGGCCAUACCACUACAGAUUUAGGAAUUGCCCCAAACAAAUUAGAGAGUUACAAAGAUGGAGAUAUUACAGGCACAGACCCAAUGGAAAGAUUAAAAUCUGUCAAGGGGCAUCUUGUUUCAUUUCCUUUGGAUUUUAUGUGCAAAGAAGAUUUAAGACCCGUGUUUAACGAAAGCGAAUACUAUGCAUCACCUCAAGUUUUCCAUUAAAGCUCGUUGGCCAAUAUACUCUCGUAAAUUGGCGGUUUUUCUAUUCAAAACAAGAUUAAAUUGUUGUAUAGUAUUAUUAUUAUUAUUAACUCAUAUAGGAGACGAAGUACAUCAAGACGAAGAAAGCUACGGUGAUGAAUAAAGGCCCUAUCGAUUUAUUGGGAAGGUAUAGUAACGGUAUACAGUUCUUGUUUAUAUUUCUGCAAGGGGAGAUUAUUCUUUGUGGACAUUGAUUAAUGACCUCAGUUUAUCGAACAUAUGAAAAUAAAUAUAUAUCGUAUUUCAUAUUCCGUAUUUGAAUAUUUGCCCCUUGUUUUAUUCGUGGAAAAGGGUCUAGAUUU